UUUCGAAGCGGGUCAAGCUUUUAAAAACAUGCUUUCCUUGGGCGCCUCGAAACCAUGGCCCGAUGCUCUGGAGGCCUUCAAUGGUGAACGUACAAUGAGCGGCAAGGCUAUCGCUGAAUAUUUUGAACCACUACGCGUUUGGCUGGAAGAGGAAAAUAAGAAGAACAAUGUCCACAUUGGCUGGACGAAGUCGGACAAAUGUGUUUCUUCGCAAGGUCGGCUCGUCUUUUAAUAACCAAAUGAAAUUAAAUACUGCGUUUUGGCGUUGAGUUUGGAUUAUUUUGAUUUGAAAGAAACUUAAUUCCUUAAACAGUUUUGUAAACUUUAUAUAGAAAAAAUUCAGUAUUAAAAAUUAAUACCUAAAUAAA